GGAAAAUAUAUUAACUUAAUUUUUAUAAACUACUUUAUAUUAACUAAGGUUAAAUACUCCCUUAAUAUAAGGUUAGAUUACUAUAUAGUAAUUAUAAAUCUACUUAAGCUCUUUAGGAUAACCCUAGGGGCAGGGAAAAAAUAUAUUUUAUUAGAAUACUAA